AUGGAACAGCAGCGGCCGCACCGCCAGAUUGAUGCCCUGGAAGUACUCGGUCAUCAUGUUGACCACGAGCCGGUUCACGUUGAUGUCUGUUUGCUGGUAGUCGCAGUUGACGUAGUCGGGCAGUGCUUUUUUCCAUUUGAACAGGCUCACCACGAGCUCGUGCACGAUCGGCAGGAUGUUGCUGGACGGCUGUCGCGUGUACAGCUUGCGCAGGAUGUUUGCGUUGAUCUGGGUGAUCUUGACGCAGUUGCGGAUGAACUCGGCCUCGGGGAAGAUGUAGUUCUCGCAUCCUUCUGGCGGAUUGGACAUGUCAAAGUCGUCUGGUAG